AUGGAUACUAACCAACCCCAAGGAAAUUAUUAUAUUAUUGCUGACCAUUUACGGACGGCUAUUUUUGCUUUGGCUGAUGGGGCUCAUUUUGAACCCAAAGGUCGUGGUUAUAUUCUCAAAAAAUUAGUUAAAAGAGCCACCUUAAUCGGUUAUUUUCUCAAUUUUUCCGCGGAUGACUUGCUCCUUUUCAGUAAAAAAAUAAUUGAAAUUAACAGUUCUUUUUACCCUCAUUUACGCGAAAAAGAAAAUUUAAUAAUGGAAAAUUUGGUCCAAGAAAUUAAUUAUACCUUAAAGUUUAUUACUAAUUCCACCCACAAAAUAGACCACUAUUGUCAAGGAAAACCUAUAAACACUGUCAUUCCGGCUGAAAAAGUCUUUUUUUGGUAUGAUACCGCCGGGAUACCACUAGAACUAAUUGAAUAUCAUUUAAAACAAAAAGAAUAUAGUUUUUCGCCGGCAGAAUUUAAUCAAUUAUUAACCGCCCAAAAACAGCGCGGUAAAGAGGACCGAGCCAGCAAAAAAAUAGCCGUAUUUUAG